AUGGAGUUGAUAUCCUACCUAUUCGAGAAGGAAGCUGAUGUUUGGCGGGACAGUGUGUUGAGAACGGUCCCUGAAAUUUUUGUGUGGACAUGGGAAGACUUUGAGAUGCGGUUCUUCCAGAAGUAUUCACGUACCUACCGUAUAGAGAAGGAGAACGAAUUCUUGCACCUCCAGCAAGGAGGUAUGUUGGUGGCCGAAUAUGAAAAUCGGUUCAUCGAAUUAUCUCGUUAUGCGCCGAAGAUCUUGGCCGACAAAGAGACGCGCAUGAGGUGUUUUGCUGAGGGUUUAAGAACCGAGAUUCCCACGAAAAUGUGUUGUGCAAAUAUUCGAACUUAUGUAGAACUGGUGGAGAUGUCCUUGUGGUCAGAGCAGGAUGGUGAAAGGAUUUCUCGGGCACGUAUACAAGCCGAGUCCAGAGGAAGAACAGGAGGACAAUCCUUGUCCUCAUCAGGAAGAAGAGUGUCACCCAAUCCACCUCCCCAGCAUAUGCCUCUACCACCCGCACACGCUCGUCCUGACCGGAUUAAACCUGAAGAUGUGUCAAAGACGACGUUCAGGACCAGCUUUAGGCACCAUGAGUACUUGGUUAUGCCUUUUAGAUUCACAAAUGCACCAGCUGUGUUCAUGGAUCUAAUGAAUAGAGUCUUCAGGCCGUUCUUAUAUCGGUUUGUCAUCGUGUUCAUAGAUGACAUUCUAAUUUAUUCUAAGAGUCGCCAGGAACAUGAAGAGCAUCUACAAGUGGUCCUAAAAAUGCUCAAGCGAAACAAGCUAUAUGCCCAGUUCUGA